AUGGAUGUUGACGUUAAGAUAGAGGAAGAUGAGAGGGAGAUAUCCCAAACAAUCAUUUGGUCUGAUUCGAUUAAUGCCUGGAUAGAUUACCCAAGUUCCCUAUUGUCAGGAAACACAGAAACAGGUUCCCAUGUGGGUUUACUGAAAGAGCAUUCACAUGUAUCUACCAUCAGUCCCCAAACAACAAGUCCUGGGCAGAUUUUACUUAUUUUUCCUGAAAAGACAGGAGAACGUGAUGGGGAAAAUAGGGCUGUCAAAGUGGUUUAUUUCUGUAAAGAGCAAGAUAUCAUCAGAACAGCUGAUGGGUAUUCGAUCAAAGAGGGGACAUGGCAUGGAGCACCAUCCACUGACAUUCUGACAGGAAAUGUAUCCACCUUCAGUGAUUAUUUUGAAGCUCAAAUCAACCCAACUUCACAAGUGGCCGCUGACUAUGUUAAUAUCCCAAGCCAUAGUACUGCCAUUCCUUCUGUGCUAACAAGCGGCUGUAAUUUAGCUGUAUCUACUAGGCCUAUUUUUCCAGAAUAUUGUGAGCCAUUGAACUUUCCCUCUGAUGAAGAAGAAGACUACAAUGCCAAUUUAAGACGAAGACUACAAUGCCUACGGCAGUGUCGUGGCAGUUACUCAAGACCUAACCUAAGAAAGUUUGGGAAAUAUUGGAAAGAUCCAUACGCCAAGUGCAAGGAGAUGGGUGUAGAUUUCAAUGUUGGAUAUGGAGCAAAACUUGAUUUGCAUUUACUGACAAUUGGUGUAAUGCUUGAGGUGUCUGAAUAUGCUAAAAAGAUAAAUAGAUCUCACAAGCAUGUUAUCUGUGAAAUUCUAGAAUACAACUAUGAUCUUGGUGUACAAAAUGAAGAACGAUCCGACUUUUCAAGCCGGACUAUGUGGAAAUUAAAAGACAUGCUGAAGAUGCAUUCCAAGAGAAGAAACCCUGAGUGGUUAACAGAAGUGUUUGAACUUCCUGUUCCAAAAUCUCUUAAAUGGGCACGGUGCCAUUUGCAUAACAGCGUGUCAGAAAGUCCUACACUUUUUUGACACCUGCAUAAAGGAGGAGCCUGUUGUGGACCUGAUAUCUCCUCUGCAUGUGACGACUGAGAGCUUCUCUACUGAGACCGACGUGAACACGAUGUGCUGAUGAGACGGCAAUCCUUGGCCCUGAAAAGGGACCUAAUGAUAUCUGCACGAGGGAUGAGCCUGGUAUGGACAUCGUCUCUCCUCAACAUGUCCAGACGGAGACCUUCACCAUUCAGACAGACGUAACAUGGGCCAAUCCUUAA